AUGGAGAAUGGCAACACAGAAACAGAAGAAAAGACAGAAGGCAUGUCAGAAGAUAAUGAAGAAAUUGUGGAGGAGGCUAACCUAGAGAUUGCUCAGCUGCAGGGCCUGGUGGCUGAGCUGCGCGAGGGGCUCCAUGCUGCUUUGACAGAGCUGUGCGAGCUGCGUCACAGGGACCAGGGCUUAGAGGAGAAGCUCCAGGCCCAUCAGACUGAAGUGGAUGAUAAGAUAAUGGGCCUCAAGAACUCGCUCAACACUUUCAAGGAGGAGCUGAAUGUGGCGUUGUUCCACAUAAAGGAUGUUUCCAACAGACACAGGGAGGUGCAGAAGAGGAUAGAACAGCUGCAGGCAGAAAAUGGCAAAGAUUUCAUCUCUGUUCCACAAAGCCAGUCAGACCUCAGUGUUAUUCAGCACUUUUUCUCCAGUCUGCCACAUGGCAUGUCGCCAGAGAGGAGCACCAUGUUGACACAGACCUCUACCUCUGAGCACGAGGCUCAGCAGCAGCAGAGAGGUUGUCCGUCCAAAUCUCCAGGGUGGGGAGAGAGGAAGAACAGCAGAGACGACACUGACACCGCCAACAGCCAGACUGAAAACAAUAAGAGACAGAGAGUGGCUCUGGAGCUGCUGGAGUCUGAGAGAGUUUAUGUGUCCCACCUGUCUCUGUUACUGAAGGCCAACAUCUCCUUUAAUGGAUCAGAAGCUCUUACCACUAAAGACAAACGUCCAUUUCCCAGCACUUUGAGGUUUCUGAUCCAGCAGCACCUUGAGCUCCUCCAUACUCUCCAGGAACGUGUGCUCAAGUGCCAGUGGCAAGGCAUCAUGGGGGAUGUGUUCAUGAGGCUCACCAGUAAAGAGAGUGACUUUUUGGACUAUUAUGUGUCCUACCUGAAGGAGCUUCCAGACUGUCUGACAGUCGUCACCAUGCUGGCCUCCAGCUCCAUGAAAUCUUCUGCCUUUCUCGAGAGUGAAAUAAUGGGUGACGAAUCAAAACCCUCCCUCCACACUCUGCUCCUUCAGCCCGUUCAGAGGAUCCCCGAGUACCUGCUGCUGCUCCAGGGGUUGCUGAGGCAGACUAACGCAGAUCACCCAGACUACUACCUGCUGCUGGUGUGCAUACAGCAGUUCAGGUCCUUCACAGCUCAGUACCACCACCUGCUCCAGCACAACCAGGAGCUUCUGCUGCAUAAUCGCAAGGAGGUGAAGAGGUCUAGCAUGAAACAGCUGUUAAAGACAGUGGAAAGUGGGAUUCAAGCUAACAACAUUGGCUCUCCGUACCCCUGCAGCAGCGCCAUGUUAGAACAUGCCAACCAGGUGAAGCGGAGCAAGCAGCGUCUCCUUGAGCAGAUCCAGUCUCAUCGUUUCCAAGAUUGGGAUCGUGACCAGAAUCCUGAAGCUCAUUGUUAUGAAGAGUGGCCCUCCCAGAUCCCGUUCUUCAGCCCUGAGCUGGACUCAAGAAACCACAAACCAGCAGGUCUCGGCAGUAUCCCAGAGAGUGCGGCGUCUGAUCGAUCCAUGCCGUGCCAUCAUCAGCCCUCCAGACCUGCAGACUUCCGCCAGGUUCAGCCAGGCUCCGCUCUGGCUGACGCCCUCGGAGAGUUCCUUCUCCCUCCAGACCCUCCAGGCAUGGAGAGCCUCUAUGAGGAGGACAGAGGCUCCCUUCAUGACGUCUCCAUGUUCGACCGCUGCUCCUCUGCCUCCUCAGAUUCCUCCAUCGACAUCGCCUUCGUGAGGUGCCCCAAGGCUCCGUCAGCGUCACAUCACGCAAUGGCAGCGAAUGUGUCAACAACUCGUGAUGUCUUUGGCAACGGUGGGAGCCAUGGAGGUGGUUACAAACUGCUAAACCGAGGAUGCGUUUCUCCAGAUGAAGCUGUGAUGAUGCGUCGCAAUCAGCAUCGCCCCCUUCAGGCCAGCCAGCGUAAGAGCAAGUCACUGAACGGCCUGCAGAUGGACAACACAGUGAGCUGUCUGGAUGGUGCUCCACUAUCAGACCACCUCCAACGGUUGGGGAUGGGCAGCCAUGCAAAGCUGGAGCGCCAGGGCAGUAAGGGCAGCAAAGGGUGUCCCACCCCGUCCCGUAAAGUCCAAAGCCCCCUGGGGAACAGAGCGGAUACCGACAAACAGAGCGAUGAUCUUCAUGGGCUGCUCAGCAUUGACUCUGGGUUCCAGUCAUGGGGGGACGAGUCAAAGUGGAGGGGCGGGACAGAGGAGAAUAACAACAUCCCCUUCAGUGAGAGGAGUCGAAAACAGGACAAAGGAGGCUUCAGGAGCUCGUUCAAGAAGCUUUUCAAGAAGAAGGGAGGUGACGAGAAGAAAGAGAAGGGAGGUGAGAAAACACCAGAAAAGCAGAACGGUGAACAUGAGACAACGGGGAAAAAUCCCAAACUGGUACAUCUGGAGCUGAACCGCGGCACAGCUGUGUGAGCACUGUGUCACACACAGACUGAUCAAAUAUAAAGUAUAACUCAUGCAUGUUUAUACAAACACAGAAAAGUACAACAUUCUUUUCAUUUAUAAUUGCUGUAUAAAUUAUGUACAGGUAUAAGCCAUUAGCUAACUUUUCCUCUUUUCCCAAAUUUAAAUGUUUUUUAUUUGGAAGACAGAGUCCUGCCCCUGACCUUCACACGCUGAAGCACUAAUUUUUUUUUGUUUAUUUGUACAGUAACACAAGAGGCAAAGGUAGCAAUGUGACUUAGAUUACAUUUGUUUUGAGUCAUUUUAGACGUAAAUGCGACUGCAGAAAAGGAUCAAAUUAGACUUAUUGUAAUAAUAUUAAUUGUAAUAAAAGUUUACAAAUAUGACCACUAGAAGGCGUAUCCCCUUACUGUAAAUAGCUCUACCUUCAGGUUUCUUUUCCUUUCUCCCCCUCAAGGUUUUUUUUUGUUUGUUCCUCUGCUUUACAAUCUGUGCAAACCUAAUAUAGAGCCUCUGUGUUUAAAGUUCAAUAUUGACAGACUCUUUGUCUUUACUUGUGGGACAUUUUCUCUGAUUCUGACACUUGUUCUUCCACUUUUCUUAACGUCUUAAGCCAUAACCUGAAAUUAUUAUAUUGCAUAUACUCAGGAGGGACAAACGAUAAGCUGUCAUUUGUUAUUUUGUUUAAGAAAAAAACAUUCAAUGUGUUUUUUGCAACAAUUAUUUCUUAUCAAUAAACUGAACUGUUUU